AUGAGUUAUCCACCAGAUGCUUCACGUUCAUGUCAUGAAGCUGAUGGACGUAGUGAUCGAAGCGGUGGUAGUGGUGGUGCAACUAGUGGGAGUGGGGGUGGGGGUGUUUAUGGAACAUUAUGCAGUGCAUUUGGAGCUCCAUCAAAUACAAAUGAACGGAUGAUUUCAAAUUGGAAGAAAUGGUCGUUAGGUUUGGAUUAUUUACUUCAGGAUAGUGAAGGUGUAGCCCUUUUUAAAUCUUAUCUUCAAUACGAAGGUUGUGCAAAUCUUCUUGAUUUUUGGUUUGCAUGUCAAGGUUUCCGGAGUAAAGUUGAUCCUUCUGAUCACCGAAAAAUAACUCAGUUGAUUAAAGCAAUUUAUCGUACGUACAUUAGAGGGUCUAGUAAUAGUCUUAAUUCUCAACCUCUCCUUUAUUUGGGGAAGCAACAGUCCACUCCUGUGCUACAAAACCGAAGUGAACCUAUUCGUCUUAGGUCAGAGACUCGGCAUGCUAUCACAGAAAGAAUUUCACGCAAGCAUACUUUAGACCAAACUGUAUUCGAUUCGGCUCAAGCAGAAGUUGAACACUUUCUACGAACAACAGCAUAUCCUGCUUUCCUUAAAUCUGAUAUUUAUGUCGAUUUCCUACAAACAGCUCUGGAAGGUUCUAUUCGUAAGUUUCCUACGUGGGAACAAACGGUCUCUACCUCGUUAUUCCCAUAUACUGGUGACAAACAGUUAAGUACAGCUACUAACCUCCCAGAAUGCCCGUCAAACAUGGCAUUAGGAGGGAAAGUUCUUCCAACUUUAGAUGAAGAUCGUGAGUUGCAGUCCGAAGAACUAUCACUAUUGCACCCUUCAAGACAGGCUUGCAGACCUGCUUGUUGUCAAAUACUUUCAUUAACUGAUACAGCUGCUGUUACACCUGAUCAUGGUCAUUGUCAGCACUGUAAGAAAUGUCAGUUAUAUAAUCCAUGUUUACCACUGGAUUAUUCUCAACCUAUCCUAAGACCACCAUCGUGUUAUCAACAAUCGCCAGUUGUGCCUACUAGUUCGGCAGCACCUCUAACUAUGGAAAAUUUGCAAAUGACUCGAUUUUAUCGUACAGAAUUAUCGCUACAACAAGGUGAACCUGUUGGGCAUGCACAUGUAUCACGUGCUUGCAGUUCAACUCCAUGGCGUUUUCACAAUCGCCCCAACUACGCUUACACUCACUGGGCAGAUGCGAUGUGUCCACCUUCUAUGGAUCCACGUUUAGGAAAUUUGCCCAGUCAACCGCCUAAUCCAUAUCAUAUCUCCUAUGCACCAGUUUCAGCACGUGACUCAGAACAUCAUAGUCUUUCAAGUGAUGCACGAACUGAUGAUACUCAUUCACAUACGGAUAGUAGCCACGACGGUGCUUGUAAUCGUUUGCGUGCUCUUAAUCAUCGUUAUCCAAGCCCAUUCCAAUCAUCACGUUCUCAUAAUAACAAUAAUAAUAGUAAUAAUAGUAAACGUCAAAAUCAACUCUCCCAUCAUCAUCAUCACCAUCAUCAACGUCAUCUAUCUACCGGUCCACAAGGGAAUAGUAGUGGUGUUAGUGAAUUAAUGGUGCAGUGUACUUCUCCUAAAUCAUCAUCAUUUCCAACUUCUUUUCAAAGUCGUUUACAACAAUCUAAUCCAUUUUGUCGAAGUCCGAUUGGGAUUGGUACUUUUUCAACCAAUACAAGUUGUCCAAUAAGUGCAGCUCCUAUUACUACUAGUAAUAAUGGAAAUAAUCAAGGGAUUGGAGAUAAAAUUGCUCAACACUCAACAACAGAUCCAAUUAUUAAUAAUAAUAAAUCACAACAGCAAAAACAUCAACGUCGUCUAGCUAGACGUGGUAUCAGUUCUCGUCCUUUCAGUGAUAAAACAAAACUACAUAAUAAUAAUUAUUGUACCGUUGGUAGUGCUGCCGCCGCCGCCCCUGCUGUGGAAAUCCCAUCGGAUUGA